UACAAAAAUAAUUAGUUAUUUUAUUCUUAAAGUAGCAUCACAUGUAUAUGUAUAUUUAAUGGUUAGAUUAGUAAUCAUAAUAAUAAUUCAACUGCCAACCGUACGGAGAAGGUCUCAGUCGGUAAUUUUUGUAUAGUUGAGUUGCCUCCACUGGUGUACAGUGUGUGAGGUUUGACUUGUGUAUAUGUGUCCAUGUAUGAAUGUGUGCGUGUAUAUCCCCUACACUCUAUUUACUUUCAUUUUGUGAUUCUUUCUUGAGCGAUUUCUUUUCGGAUCGUUUGUUCUUAACAAAAAUAUAAUUGAUCAAGUUUUUAAGUAAUAAUUAUUGCGUUACUUUGAUAUUUCAUCGCCAUGAGUAAACCUAUAUGGUCAAUAAAUUGUUGUAAUCCAUUAAAUGAGUCACAUAAAAAAGGAGUUAAAGAUUUAAGAAAAUUUCCCGACGAAGAUCGUUGGAAAUUUCCUGACUUAGAUGACACUUCAAUGUUAUGUGUGCGUGGUCGAUUCCGUGUCAAAGAAUAUAUUCCGCCGGCAUCAGAGGAAGAGGAAAUUAUUUCAAGUCAAAUUAGUGUUGAAAGUCUGAGUAUAUCAGCUGAAAUUUGUACUCAAGGAAGCAGUUUAUCUCGAACUGUCAGUAAUUUUAGCGACAAUCUAUGUGAUUACAAUGAUCAUUCUUUAGAGCGAUUUUUGAAAAUUCCUCUUAUUGAAAAAGACAGGUUAUAUUCUGAAAAAAAUUAUGGAGUAAAAAAACUUGAUGAGAGCUAUGCUGCCCUAGAGAAUAAGUUACAAUCACAAUUUGGAAUAGUACCUGAAUCUACCUACAGAAAGAUUAAUCAAGAUCAUUGUUCCAUGAUAGCUAAAGUGAAGAAAUUAUAUAACGCUGAAAGUGACAAAUCAAUAAAAAAGAAGCUGCUUUCAAUUUUACCCGACAGUUGGGAAGUCAGUCGUAUAGCAUCUGAAUUUACACCGUUCUCGAAAAAUGUUCCAGGCAAUCAGCCGCUUAAGUUAGAUGUAAAAAAACUUGUCAUAGAUUUUUAUGAAAGCAAAGAAAUCUCAAAACAAUUAGCGGGUAUGAAAAAUUUUAAAUCUGUGAAGGAUUGUGAUGGAAAUCGAACUAGGGUACAAAAAAAGUUGAUUCUUUGUAAUUUAAAAGAAUUGUACCAAAGCUUCAAAGUGCAAUAUAACUCAGUGGCAAUCGGAUUUUCUAAAUUCACUAGUUUGAGGCCUACUUAUUGUAUUCUUGCUGGAAGUAGUGGUACACAUGUCGUAUGUGUUUGUACUAUUCAUCAAAAUGUAAAAUUGAUGUUAGAAGGAUGUAAUUUUCCAAAAUUUGCGAAAAACACCGAUUGGGUUGUAGAAUCUCAGCCAAUUUACAAAAAUUGAUUAAAUAAAUUAGUUUGUAACAAUCCAAAAGAAUCGUGCUUUUCCAGAAUGUGCAAUAGUUGUCCAAAUAAUGGAGAAAUCGCUGAUUAUUUUCGUGUGUCGUUUAAUGAAUCUGAUGAUAAUGAAAUCCAAUAUAAAAUGUGGACAUCAAAGGACCGUUGUACUAUUGUGAAUGUUACUUCAGAUUCCGAAGACUUCAUCGAGACUUUAGUGACGCAACUUGAUAAGCUUUUGAAACAUGAUUUUAUUGCGAAAACACAAAGUCGAUUUUUUUCUGGUACAAAACUAAAUUUAAAGAGCGGGGAAUUCGCCGUAGUAUUUGACUUUGCGGAAAAUUAUGCAUUCGUUGUGCAGGAAGCAGCUCAAGGCUUUCAUUGGAAUAAUGAUCAAGCUACUAUAUUUCCAAUAGUGAUUUAUUAUAACGAAAAUGAUACUAUUAAGCAUUUGAGCUUUGUUGGUAUUUCAGAUUGUCUUAAGCACGACACAGUUUUAAUUUAUUUAUUUCAAGAGCAAUUUAUUGCCUUUCUUAAAAAGAAGUUUGCUGUCAUCAAUACGAUUUUUUACUUCUCUGAUGGAGCUCCACAACAAUUCAAAAACAAGAAAGCAUUUACAAACUUAUGUUAUCAUUAUGCUGACUUCGAAAUCAACGCUUAGUGGCAUUUUUUUGCAACUGCCCAUGGCAAAGGACCAUGCGAUGGUCUUGCGGGUUCAUUAAAACGAUAUGCUUCUAGAGCUUCAUUACAAAUGAACAAUAAAGAGCAUAUACUGAAACCACAAGAUUUGUUUUCCUGGGGAACGAAAAAUUUUACAACCGUUGACUUUACUUUUAUAGCUAAUGACGAUUAUUUAAUAAAAAAAAAUGUGUUAGACGUACGAUAUUCUCAAUCGAAAACGGUGAAAGGUACACAGUCAUUACACACUUUUGUGCCUUUAAAAGAUGGAAUUGGUUAUGCUUUCAUUAAAACUGUGUCCACAUCUCAAAAAAGUU